UGAGCUGCUCCCAAUGCUACAGAGCAGGGUUUUUUCCCAUGCACAAAUUACGUACAUGAUCACUAAGUGUCAUGGUUCUAGGUUUUUUCCCUUACUUGGCUUGGAAACAACUUAAUCAGCUUUUACACUACAACUUCAAGUGAUGGAAGAUACCAGAGAGAUUCUACAGGAGGAGGAUGGCUUCCAGCACAAUGAGAUGAAGGAUAAAGACAGGAGAGAAACAAAGUCUCCAAGGAGGAUCAUUUACUUUGCAAAUGGUGAAACCAUGGAAGAGUAUAGUACGGAAGAGGAGGAGGAGGAGCAGCAGCAGCCACUUGACACGUCCAAACUCUCCUGGGGGCUCUAUCUGCGACUGUGGGCAGUUCGAAUCGCAACAACUUCACUAUUUACUUGCGAAUUCCUCGGUGAGAAGCUUGCCAUGCUCUUUGGACUCAAUGAACCUAAAUAUCAAUAUGCAAUAGAUGAAUACUACAGGGUACAGAAGAAGGAAAGUGAAGAUGAUGAAGAUGGUGAAAAGAUCUCUGAGACAAAUGAGGCAGAAUCUCUGAAUGAAAAACACCACCUUGAGGUACAAAGUGUAGAAUACGGAUCCAUUAGACUCAAGGAUGCUGUGGAGUUUUCUCAAAGAAGCACUUUUACAAAUAUUAAUGAGGCUUCAAAACAUGACCUACAAAGUCCAAACUCUAUCUCAGCUGUUAAGAAAUGAUGGCAACAUUGGCAGUGUGGUCUCUUCUGAUACUGAAAUAACUCUAUAAUAGGACAUGAAUAUAUCAUUAGCAUGAUCUGGGCCUAACACAUCACAUUCCUUUGUCCAGACGUGUUAUUCAAAUGUCCAAUAGCCAGCUUGAUAGAGCCAAAAUAGCUCUGUGACGGAAAAAGGUAGAAAGGAGACAGUGAAGGUUUAAUGCUGCCU